AUGAAGUGGUUGCGACUGUUUGCGUUGUUUUUAUUACCGAUACUUUCUAUGCAGUUAGGGAAAUCCGAUAGGAAAGCGAAACAGGUUCAUGAAAAGUGGGCAAAAGAAGAGGAAGAAGCUCAGCGGGAGAAGGCGCAGGAAUACUUAAUACCUCUAACUCAUCCUCUAUCAAGUAUAACGAAACAAAACAUUCUGAAAAAACACGAAGACAUAGAUUAUUCGAAGCGAAAAUUCCAGAACCCAAUGCUUGUCUAUGUUACUCCGUGGAAUCCAAAAGGAUAUGAUCUGGCGAAAUGGGUUUCUCAUAAGGUGACGCACGUGUCGCCGGUUUGGCUUCAGGUUAAACCACAAACAGCAGAUAUGAGUUUCAGCUGUCGAAUUCUAGGAACACAUGAUAUCGAUCAUGAAUGGAUGGAUGAAGUGCGCAAGAACAACAGUGAGGUGAAAAUUGUUCCUCGUGUCUUGUUCGAUGGUUGGGAAACGGAACAACUGACUGUUUUUCUUUCAAACGUUCAAUGGAUGAAUCGCUGUCUUGGAGAUAUAUUAAAUUUACUUACUCGUACUCAGUUUGAUGGUGCAGUAGUGGAGCUAUGGACCAGUGCCAUACUUCAAACUGAAGGAGAAGCUGCACAGUUACUGGUUGAAAUGCUUGACUCAUGGGGUUUGGGUUUCCACAAACGGAAACUAGAACUCAUAGUUCCUGUUGGACCUCCUCUAAGUGAAGACAAUCAGCUGACCGGAGUGUUUUUGCCUGCUCAUUUUUAUGCUCUGUCACAGAAUGUUGAUUAUAUACAGAUGAUGACGUACGACUAUGGAUCGAGGACCGCUCUUGGUGUUUCUCCGUAUGAAUGGGUGGAAAAGUCGAUUGAAGCGAUUUUGGAUCGAUCACCAGAAUUGGCAAACCAAUUAAUGAUCGGUAUAAAUCACUAUGGUUUCGAAUAUACUGGCAGAAAUCAGAAGCCAGUGAACUUUGACAAAUAUCUGGAGAACUUGAAGGAUGAUGAUAGUAAAUUGGAAUGGGAUCCAAAAUCGAAGGAACAUUUUCUCAAGACACGAACAGGAAAAUUGUACUAUCCGUCACUUACAUCGAUAGAAAUGCGUCUCAAUGCUGCUCGAAAAUAUGGAGUUGGAGCAGCCAUCUGGGAAUUCGGUCAAGGAUUGAACUAUUUCACUCAGCUUCUUUAA